AUGUUUACUACAGUGCUGAUCCGAAGCAGUUGUUUUAAUCAGAUUCUCCUGUUCCUUCAGGACCAGGAAGAUAAAGUUUUUCUUAAGCGGUUCCUGCGACGCCAGGAAAUUGAAGACGAGAUACGGAGGUGUGACCGGAGCUUAGACGAUGCGUUCAAAGUGUUAGAUGUGAACAAGCUGCACGAAUAUAGCAAACGCAAGCAGCGCAUUGUAGACAUCAGCGAUCAGUUUGGCCUCCUUUCUUCCGAGAUCAGCUCUCUCACAUCUGGCCAAGCAAGUCCUGUGUCUGCGCGGAGCAUAGACAGAGACGCAGUGAAACCAGACACUAUCGCAGUCGCGCUGCAGGAGAUUGUCGCCGCGCAAACCAAGCGCGAACUCGAUGAGGAUCUCAAUAACCUGAUCCGACGGAUGACUAGAGCCUUGGACAAGAACGACGACAUUGCGAUCAUUGGCAUCCUCCAAGUUAGUCGCCAUGAAAUGCCCGAGGCAAUUGUUGCGCUGCAGCGCGCACUCAAGAAAGAGAUAGGUCCGUGGAACCUCGCGAGGGGCCCUGAUUCUGCGGCAUUAGAGCACCUUUCCGCUCUUCUUUCCGGCAAUGAGCACCAGGAAUCUAUGGGAAUGGUUGCAGAUUUACCCCAUGAUGACUCGUCGACGGGCCCGAUGGAGUUGAAGAGGCUGGAGAAGAAAUUCAUGAAAGCGGGCCUCGACGCCCUACGAAGAAACAGUGACCAGACGUCGUUUCCCAGAUGGACGAUUACACAAUAUGAAAUCCACCUAAAGCAGAAGAUCGGGAUGGGCUUCUACUCGGAUGUUUUCAGAGGUUCGUGGCUCGGUCGCACAGUUGCCAUAAAGGUGCUCCAGAAAUCGAACGAAGUGCAGGAGCAGCUUUUCAUGAACGAGGCCACUGUGUGGACGAGAUUGAAGCACCCAAAUGUUCUGGAACUCCUGGGCUCUUCGUCCCCGUCGAGCAGUUCCUGGUUCUUUGUUAGUCCUUACUACGAAAACGGCAAUUUGGUGUCCUUCCUCAGCAGGCUACCGCAGCUAGAGGCCGCCUUCAUAUUACGGGCUACGCAUGACAUCGCGAAGGGAAUGGCAUAUCUGCACAGCAUGAAUAUCCUGCAUGGCGACCUCAAGGGCGCGAAUGUGCUGGUCGGCAAUGAACAGGAAUGUUUGAUCUGUGACUUUGGCCAAAGUCAACUCAAGUCGGAGCUAUACAAGAUCAAUGGGAAACCGCUUUCUCACGGUACUUUCCGAUGGCGUGCUCCCGAACUCAUGUCGGGGCAGGCUCAACUGGAGAAACCGGUCGACGUCUAUGCCUUCUCGAUAUGCUGCAUAGAAGUCCUCGGAAAGGGCGAGCUACCCUGGGGUAGUGACGUCAACGACGAUGAUAUUAGAGAGUCGGUUCUCGAUAACAAACUCCGCCCUAACAUUCCACAAAUAAUUCUCGAAAAGGAGCAACAAGAUGGGCUCAUCAGGAUAGUCGAGCAGUGUUGGGCCCAGGAUCCUUCGUUACGCCUCUCCUUCAGAGCAGUCGUCAAGGCUCUCGAACGACUCCGCUCGUCUAAGUUACCGCCUAUUGUAUCAUCGGAGAGCACUCACAACAGUGUUCAUUCAUCGGCACCUUCUCCAGCGCCGAUUGCGCCUCCGUCCAGAAUGCUGCAAGCAGAGGAAAUCUACAGGAAAAUCAUCCGCGAUCCACUCGACUCUUCGCUCAGCCUGCCUCUAUGGCAUCCCACGCCUGUGUCUUUGGG